AUGUUUGAUAAUUAUUGUAGAUAAAUUAUGCAGCCUAAAAGAGCUAUAUUUAAUCGAUCAGAUUUAGAAUGUGGUUAUCCUAGACAUGAUUUCAAAUUAUAAGGUCUUUAAUGUUCUCUAUACAAAUCCAAUAAAACUACAUAAAUAUGUGUCUUGUAUUUACAUGGAUAUAAUGGGUCCAGAUUAGAAGCUGUACCUUAUGCUACUGCUAUCUUAUAAUCAUAAAUGGAUUUAUGCACUUUUGAUUUCCAAGCAGCUGGACAAUCAGAUGGAGACUUUGUAACUUUUGGGUAUAUUUAUUUUAUCUAUCAAAAAAAGAUUAAACGAAUAACUCAAUGUAGUAUUUCUAGUUGAUUAUUUGUAAGAUAAAUACUAAAACAUAAUAUUAUGGGGAAGAUCAAUGGGAGCUACAACUGCAUUGAUGUAUGCUUUAAAACAUUAAAAUAUUCAUUGUUUGAUUUUAGAUAGUCCUUUUAUUGCUCUUGAAGAAGUAAUUCUCAAUCUCAUUAAAGAUAAAUUAGGUACACCUGAUUUGAUUAAUAAGGGAUUAUUUGAAAUAAUUAAAAGUAUUGCAUUACUAUUAAUAAAAUAAUUAGGAUAGAUUUUACAAUUAUACAAAUUUUCCAUUUCUUCAGUCAAACUACCAUAAUGUUUGAAUAUUAAUUGUCCUAUGUUAUUAUUGGGAUCUAAAUUUGAUAGUCUUAUUCCAUAUCAUCAUUUUACAAAAAUUCUCGAUUCAUAUCAAGGACAAAAACAAAUCAUUCAUCUCUAUACUAAUCAUAAUGAAUUAAGAUCAAAAGAUAUCAUUAAUACAAUAAUAGGAUUCAUUUAAUCAACUAUCUUAUUGAUUAAAAAUAAUCCUAAAAAUCGUUUUAUUGUAGAUAUACAAUCAAAAUAAUACAUUGCUACUGGAAUCAAAAUUAAAUAAAAAAUAAUGAGAAAUUAAUCUAAUGUUAAUUAUAAUUAAAAUUCAGCCAUUUUAUAAAAACAUAAGGCAUUGCUUCAAUUAUCUAAUAUAGAUUGA